AUGCAGACGCAUCUCAUCCCAAGCCUCAGCGCGGCGCGGAGCCAGGCUCCCGAUGCAGAGACGCUCCGCACGGCGACCGCCGCCUGCCUUCGAUGUUGCAUUUCUUUUGUCCUCACCCUGCCUUCGUCCUGCUUGGUGCGGGGGCCCAGGACGGCCCUUGCCGUGCACGGGUGCCCUCUGCACAGUCAGGUCUGGGUCGACGUGCCGCAUGCCUUUUCGACGCGGCGGCGGCGGCACUUCCGCCAUGCCGCUCCCUGCGUGUGCAAGCCGGGCACACACUGGCUGUGCAGCUUGCCUUGA